AAUCAUUUUUGUUCCUGGCCUUAGUUGUCCUCUUGUUUUUAUCUAUAGGUAGAGACAUCAGAUCAUGCUCGUCUUAAGAUUGCUGUAUCAAUGAACAAUGAAUUCAGAGUUGAGAGAGGUAACCCAGAGAGUGAGGCUAUGCUGUUCAGUGUUCCAGACUUCAUUGGAUUUGCUUGCAGAGAAGUUGCUAGUAAAGUAAGAGGGAAGGUGGCCUCCAUACCAUUUGAACAGUUCCACAAGCAUUCAGCUGAUAUUAUAACUGCUGCUGUGUUUGGUAAGAAUGCUGAUGGAGAAGUUAAUAAAGAAGUGAUAUUUACUGCCAAUAACCUGGUGAGUAGUUACUUGUGUUAUCAACCAUGGAAUGAAUGGUAAAUGUUACACUCUGAC